GUAUACUCCGUUAAUCUGUAGCCAUCAGCUGUUUCCUUACCAUUUUAAUGUAAUCGGACGCCGUUAGCUCCAGUCUGCAGUGUUUUAGCCUUGGGAUAACGGUUGUGGAAAUCACGAACCAUCCUACUUUGUAGAUUCUGGGGACCAACUACUAUUAUUUUUCUAUAUGUCCACACCUUCUACCUGUCUAGGGUGUGUGAGCUCAAGUUAGGUUGCCUGGAAUCCAGUUGGAGUAUAAAGUUGGAUCUCAUACACUAUGAUGCUGAGUUCGCUGUGAAUUUUUUUAUGUGAAAUGCUAAGAACUUAAUAAACUCGAUGAUAUCUUGAUAUUGGUUGGUUAUAGGCAUGUAGCCAAGUUAAUAUCAUAUCUGUUUGGUUUCUGUAAUAUCUCUAGUUCUCUACACCUGUACUGUCUACCACAUAGAUUAGCAAUAGGAGUAAGUAUAGGGUAUGCAGUUAUACCUUAUACCUGAUGAAACUGGCACAUGUGGCAAAGCUAGUGGUGCUAGUUGAACCCAUAUUAUAUUUCCCAUCAUAUGUUUUGUAAGUUUGCAGGGAGGAUGCUUGAUUUUAUUUGAUGAGCAUCUUUAAUCUGUUCAAGUAAGGAACCUUCUUCGUUUUUUCCAGAGAUGUAUCUUUGGGUCUGCACUUCUUUGUCUCCACACAAAUUUAGUUUCUGCUCCUUGAUUAUUAUUGUAUAACAAUACUCAAGCUGGCAUCUUUUCUGUACGCAGGAAAUGGGACUGAUACUGGGCAGUCUGAUUAUAAUGCUGUCCCUUUCUCAUAUGGCGGAUCUGCUGGUUCAGGCGAUCCAAAUGAUUCGGUCUCGUUUUAUCGCCCAUCUUUUAUUGUGCCGGAAAGCCUGUUGAAUAAGCUGGUGAGUAUGCAAAGUCUAACUGUCUUGCUCUCAACCUGUACUCGUUCUGUCAGAUUAUUUUUCCACUAUAUACCAUAUUAUUAAUCUUCUCUGUUGAUCCAGCAAUAAUCGUCCAAGGUGCAUAUGUUCUUCUAAGCAUUAAAUGUCUGUUUCAGAUGGUUGGAGCAGAGAUGAAGUUCCUACUAGUGAUGCACAUUGUUUCCUUAUGAUCUAUCUUGACGUAAGGAAUAGGCAGGUGGGAUUAGAGUGUGAUAUAAAUGCCUCCCUCUGAGAAGGUGCAUCAGAUAAUUGCAAGAACUGCUUUAUUUGUCAGCGAACAUGGCGGACAAUCGGAGAUUGUGCUAAGGGUGAAGCAAGGAAGUAACCCAACAUUUGGAUUCUUGAUGCCUGACCAUCACCUUCACAGCUACUUCCGGUACAUUGUUGAUCAUCCUCAGCUGUUGAAAGAUGGCUCAGACGCUGACACCAAUAAAGGCAACAAAACGGUUAUGAGCGAGAGUGAGCAUGCCGCUCCAUCAAGCGGAGCUUUAUCAUUGCUUGGAGCCGUCUAUGAGUCUGGAGAUGAGGAUGAAGAUGUGCUUCCAGCUAGUUCGAAAAGCACUGAUUCUGGAAAUGAUGCUGUUUUACAUGAGAAAGGCCACAAAGGUGCUUCCCAUAUACAUGACAAGGAGAUGAAAAAAGAACCGACAGUAACAGAAGAAGCUUUGAUUGCAGACAAGGAUAAACCUAUUUUUACUAAGAAGAACCCAGCAAUUGCCGGAAACAGCAUAACUGCUGUUCACCGGGAAAAGGUCAAAGGUGCCAUGGCGGCGUUGACCACGUCUACCAAGUCUGAGAAUUCUAAAUCAAGUGCAUCUGACACAAAAGAAGUGAUCCUGGAACCACCAUCGUUUAUGAAGGGCACAGUGGAGAAAAUUGUUGAGUUUAUUAUCAGGAACGGGAAGGAGUUUGAAGAAAAGCUCAUUGCGCAAGACAGGAUGACAGGGAGGUUUCCAUUUCUUCUGCCCAAUAAUCCAUAUCACUCUUACUAUCUCAAGCUUCUCCAAGAAACCCAAGAGUCGAAGUCCUGUGGUGGUUCUUCAGAGCGCAAAGACAGAAGGAGUUCUUCGGAGCGCAGAGACAGGAGGAGUUCUUCAGAGCGCAGAGACAGGAGGAGUUCUUCAGAGCGCAAAGACAGUGGCCACGAGAAGGAAGUGAGCAGAAGCAAAGGGCGGGGAAGUGCUAACAAGGACUCAAGUGCUUCUGAUAGAAGCUCUGCCGAGCCAUCAGAGAAGCAACUUAAUGAGAAGGGCAAAUUCCAGUUGGUCAUUGGUGGUGUCAAGAAGGAACCUCCUCGGAAGGUUACUGCAGAUGAAGCUGCUGCUAUUGUUAUGGCUGCUACUCGUGGACUAGGCUCUAUGGAUCCUCAAUCUAACACGCUAAAAGACACGCGUGACAUUGGCCGUAUGCAGGACCCAGGUGAAGUGUCCAAACCUGUCUCAAGUAGUGAGGUUUGCACUUCACUCACAAGUAGUGGUCAGGUAAAAAAGGAAGGUAUUGGAAUCAUUGAUGAUGAUUGGAUUUCAAAUACGAUCGCAAAAGCUGUUGCUGUUGCCGCCUCUAAAGAGGCAGAUUCUUCUGAAGCUUCGAUGACAAAUGCACAGAAGCUGAAGGCUGAGAGGCUUCGCCGUGCAAGGAUGUUUACUGCAAUUAUUAAGGGUGGAGGCAGCAAGGGUGAUCCGGUGACAAGUGAUCCAGUUAAUGAAUCUGCAAAGGUCUCUCCUGCUGAUUUGAACCUCCCUGGACCUGAUACAAAACCUUUGGCUACCGAACGGGAAGGCAGCUCUGUGCCUUCUGAGCGUGAAGGUUCAAAUAUGAAGAAGCAGGAGAAAGACUCUGAUGAUGAACAAAACAAGGCACGUAAAUACCGGAAGCAUCGCCCAGAAUCCAAUGAGGACAUAGAUGAUUUGGAGGAGGAAAGCUAUAAACACUCAAGGAAGAGGCAUCGUUCAAGAGGACACAGUAUGGAUGCACACAAACAUAAGCAGAGGCAACACUCCAAGGAUAGGGAGUAUACGCAUCAAAGACACAGUUAUAGUUCUUCAGAAGAUGAGCGUCGCAGUUCCAAGUCAAGGCAUCGGCAUAGGCAUGACCAUUACUAUGCUGAAGAUGACGAGCAUCGCAGCUCGCAUAGGCACCGGAGGAACCAUGGCUCUGGUUCCAAAAGGAAACACAAGAACGACCAUGAUCCCGUUGAACAAAGUCUUGGCCAUGCUGAACCCUCCCAAAGCACGUCAGAGCAGAAGUAUGGAUUAGAGCAACCCCCUGGUGAUACUGCUCAAUCUUCCAAUGCAUCAACUGAGGUUCCAGAUGAGCUGAAAGCAAAAAUUAGAGCGAUGUUAUUAGAGACACUGUAAUAUAUUGCGCGAUGCAAUGCACUACCACUGUUUUUAUUACUAUAUACUGGUGUUAUCUUUUCAGCAUCAUAUUUAUUACUAUUC